GGCUCGAACGGACGUUCUUGAUUCUUCUUCGUCCAUACUAGAACUGUCGUAGUCGUAGGUACUUUUCCGUCACAACAAAUACAAAAAACGUAAACAAACAAGUUUAAGUUAAAAUGCAGAGUGCUUCGGAUGUGAUAUCGUCAUUAUUUUGGUUUAAAGGCGAGGAUGAAGAUGAAGAAAAAUACCCUGAUAUUAUAGAACAAUUUGUGCAAUAUGUUGAAGACUUUAGUUCUCAAUACGGAAGUGAAAUCAGUGUAUCGUAUACCGCUUUCAAUCUUCGCGGUCCACCGUCGAACUUUCCUGAUUAUGGGGACUAUCCGCAAGCGUUUGUGAUGAGAACUUACGGCACAUGGUGGGAAGAAGCUCCCUCCGCUCAGGAAGACUACAUGCCGCAAAACAAUCGGAGCAUUCCGAGCCAGGACUUUGUUGAAGUAUCGUUUGAGAAGGCGGUCUACCCUGUUGAGGUGUCUGUGUUCGAGACAUACAAUCCCGGCGCUCUUGUCCGUAUCUGGGCCCAGGGUCCGUCGAUGUGGCUGUUACUUUGGGAAGGCGAGCCAGAGUAUGCGGGGGACAGACCGAGGAUUUUCAGCCCUCCGAUUAGACAAAUUGAUGUGUUGACCAGGGUCCUAAGACUGGAGUUCAACCACAAACUGCUCCCGUAUUACACGGAACUAGACGCCGUGUUGUUAAAAGGAAGGGAGCCUUGCAAGUUCCAAGUGAAGAACAAACUGAUGUGUCCAUCUCUGCUGAAGAUCAAUGGACCGGUUAUGGAGAAAGGUCAGCUGUUACAUAAAAUCAUGGCGUCGAACUUGCACGAGUCCGUCUUACCCCCCGCGGCGAUACGGGGGAAGAUGCAGAUCGACACGGGGCCACCGCCGGGGGACUUCGAACGGUUACCGGACGAGGCAAUCCUCUGCGUGAUGAAGUACCUGGACAUGCAAUCGCUGUGCCGCUGCGCGCAAGUCAACAGACAUUUCAACAGACUCGCAUCUGACGCCAUACUAUAUCGCAGCAUUGACCUUAGGCCGUAUUGGCAUUGCGUGCAAUCUCAAGUACUGGUAACUCUUUCAAUGCGGUGCAAAUUCCUUCAGAAACUGGACUUAUCGUGGUGCGGAAGUCAUCUCAUGAUACUACCCAACUACGUCGUAAAUUUCAUCAAAGACAAUGGGGCCGAGUUGACACACUUAAGGAUGAAUUGCUGUAAAUUCGUUAACAACGCCGUGCUAAGAGCCAUCGUUGACACCUCCUUCUAUCUACAAGAACUAUGCCUCCGAUCUGUAGUCGGUUGCUCAGACUGGCAAUGCCUCGCAUCGCUCACUAAACUCAAAAGACUGGAUCUAUACAGGACAGAUAUAACGACCAUCGCCGCUGUAGCUAUAGUAGUGUCCAACCCUGAACUACAACACAUCAAUGUUGGUUCGUGCAAGAUGAUAUCAGCGAUGGACGAAGUGGCUAUUGCGCUCGGCGUGAACUGCCCCGACUUGAUAUCAGCAGACUUCUGGAAGUCCUACUCGCUGACUCCCACCGGCAUCAGGGCGCUCGGGAAUUGCAGGCGGCUGCAGGAGCUGGACGUUGGAUGGUGUCUCCAAGCAGGCGGUUCAGGCGAAUGGCUAGCCUGGCUCAACGGCGGUGAACUACGCAAACUCUUCCUCGGCGCUUUACGUGGCGUGUGUGACCGGGACCUAAGGAACUUGCUACCAAGAGUACCUAAGCUUACUCAGUUGGACUUACUGGGUGUGAGGGCAGUUACUCCUGAUAUUUGUGACGCAAUCUUAGCGGAAUGCCACGAACUGAAGUUGCUGGAUGUCAGUUUCUGCGAUCAAAUACAAGAGUCUCAGGUAUUGGAAUGGCGCGAGCGCUACCCGCACGUCAGCAUAAAGCGGUCCUUCCAGUCCGCAACAUUGACCGCGACGCCAAACCCGCUCUUCCUAGCCCCGAGCCUGGAAUGAUGGUGCACCGUGUGCCCCAUGGUCGUUAUUAUGAAGAAGAUGGCCGAAAUCUACUCGUUUAUAUGUAGGUGCUGCAAGUAAUUUAUAUAAAUAUUGACGGUUAACUACACAGAUGAAUGGAAGGAAGGAUUUCAAUAGCAAACCCUCGUAUGCUUAGAUUAGAUACGGAUCCGUGCGUGGGAAUUUUAAUCUAUUGUUUUAAUUGUCGAGGUUACUAUUUCAAUGAUUAAAAUUGACGGGCCGCAUACGAUGGGUUAACCCCUCAAUCGAUCAAGAUCUGUCCCAGGCAAUUUAAACUGUAAUUAAUACAUUGAAAGUUAUUAAUUCAGUAGCAAAUAUUUGACAACGGCGUUCCAGGGGUUUAAUGUAUGACAGGUCCUACAUCCGAUAUCAGAUCGGAUAAUGUGAAAACGCACUCGCUACAAACUUCAAUACAGAUGUGUCAAAAAAGGAACUUACAGAUCAGGGAGAAUAGUGGGGGUUAUAUUUUGAGAAUAGAUGUAUACAUAUAAUACGUUACUUGGCUGUUUAAAAUAAAAAGAGGGGGUAUAAAGUUUUAAGAGUAAAUAGUAAGUCUAAAUAAGUAAGAAAAUUCAGUCAAAUAUAUUUUUGUAUCGGGAACGAAAAUUAGAGAUAUAUUAUUGUAGUUAUUUUUGUGAGUUGACUAUUUGGAAAGUAGUAUAUUUCAUGUUAAUGUUAUAGUUAGGUAUGGACUGCUUUAUUUUGUAAGUGUAUGUUGUAAACUAUUAUUUAUAACCCGGUGCAGUUUAAAAAGGCAUCGAAGCGUUUAGUGUUUUCGACGCAUAAAGCUGAAAACCCGGGUUCGAUUCUCGGCUCCGCCACCAGUGGACUUGGUCGCAUUUUCUUUGGUGUAUGGUGUCUAUUUCAGUUUUUACAUUGAAUUAAUUAAACCUUACUAGGAAAAUAUACGAUACAUACAUUAAAAUGAUAAAUUGUAUAGAAGGAUUGGUUUUAGUCAAAUGCGGGUUAUUUGUAUAGGCAUAGUUAAGUGACAUCUACCGACAAUCACUCGUCAAUCACGCAACUAGCGUAAAUUAUCAGUACUGCUACCUGUCAAUAGAUCUCACGACGAGCGAAAAGUCAAAUGCUCACCAAAUUUUAGCUAAUAUUACAAUAGUAUUAAUCAGUAUUCUGUUUUCAAUUCCUUCUGCUUGUAAUAUAAGUUGUAAACUGUUCUAAUAUUAAAUUUUUGGCAGACGAGACACAGUUGCCACCUAG